CCAUGUUUGCUGUCGAUCCCGUGGGGAGAUAAGCAGAUAUUCUGUUACCCUCACUCCGUGGAGCCUGCAGAGACAUUGUUGUGACAGCUGAAGGCUUGAAAGCUUCUCAGCCUGCAGGAGAAGCUCUGGCUGUCCCCCCAGUAAUCCAUACAACACUUGGCUUCAGAAAAUGUUUCUUGCAUCACCCUGUUAAUGCUGCCAAGAACAGGUUCUGAUCGAGGUGGCCAGAAAGCUGAGUUUGUUCCCUCUGGUGUUCCUGUGAUUCAGCCUCAGGGAACAAUGAAACCAUUGUGGAUUUGAAAACCUUGCCAUGACUGACAUCUCCAUGGACUUUGGCAGCCUUGGUUGGUCCCGGGUGCCUCUUGGCAAACAGAUGAGAGGGGGUCAAUUGAGUGAGAGCAUGGACCAUGGAGGAGUUGGCCAAUAUGACCUCGGGAUGGAGCAUUGUGAGAAGUUUGAGAUUUCAGAGACCAGCGUGAACAGAGGCCCCGAGAAGAUCCGCCCGGAGUGCUUCGAGCUGCUGCGCGUGCUGGGCAAAGGCGGCUACGGCAAGGUGUUCCAAGUACGAAAAGUAACCGGAGCAAACACCGGGAAAAUAUUUGCCAUGAAAGUUCUUAAAAAGGCAAUGAUUGUAAGGAAUGCCAAGGAUACAGCUCACACAAAAGCAGAGAGGAAUAUCCUGGAGGAAGUGAAACAUCCCUUCAUUGUGGACUUAAUUUAUGCCUUUCAGACUGGUGGAAAACUCUACCUCAUCCUUGAGUAUCUCAGUGGAGGAGAACUAUUUAUGCAGUUAGAGAGAGAAGGGAUAUUUAUGGAAGACACAGCCUGCUUUUACUUGGCAGAAAUCUCCAUGGCACUGGGGCACUUGCAUCAAAAAGGAAUCAUCUACCGGGAUCUGAAGCCAGAGAACAUCAUGCUUAAUCACCAAGGUCAUGUAAAACUGACUGACUUCGGGUUAUGUAAAGAAUCCAUUCACGAUGGAACAGUCACACACACAUUCUGUGGAACAAUUGAAUACAUGGCCCCUGAAAUCUUGAUGAGGAGUGGGCAUAACCGUGCUGUGGACUGGUGGAGUUUGGGGGCAUUAAUGUAUGACAUGCUGACUGGAGCACCUCCUUUCACUGGGGAGAACAGAAAGAAAACAAUUGACAAGAUUCUCAAGUGUAAACUCAACUUGCCUCCCUACCUCACACAAGAAGCCAGAGAUCUGCUUAAAAAGCUGCUAAAAAGAAAUGCUGCCUCACGUCUAGGAGCUGGUCCUGGAGAUGCUGGAGAAGUUCAGGCUCAUGCCUUCUUCAGACACAUCAACUGGGACGAGCUGCUGGCACGCAAGGUGGAACCUCCUUUUAAACCCUUAUUGCAAUCUGAAGAGGAUGUGAGCCAGUUUGAUUCAAAGUUUACACGUCAGACACCUGUUGAUAGCCCAGAUGACUCAACUCUCAGUGAAAGUGCCAACCAGGUCUUUCUGGGUUUCACGUACGUGGCUCCAUCUGUACUUGAAAGCGUAAAAGAGAAAUUUUCUUUUGAACCAAAAAUUCGAUCACCUCGCAGAUUCAUAGGUAGCCCUAGGACACCAGUCAGCCCUGUCAAGUUUUCCCCUGGGGAGUUCUGGGGAAGAGGUGCUUCUGCCGGCGCAUCCAACACCCAGCCACCUGUGGAAUACCCGAUGGAGACCAGUGGAAUAGAACAAAUGGAUGUGACAGUCUGUGGAGAGGCUUCAGCACCACUUCCAAUCCGGCAACCAAACUCUGGGCCCUACAAAAAACAGGCUUUCCCCAUGAUCUCCAAACGGCCGGAGCACUUGCGCAUGAAUCUAUGACACCACCAUCUCUGUGAGCCUUGCAAGGUGCAGACCAAGGAUGGACGUGAGCCCCCUGAGGCUGGAAUUGGAGGGCUUGUUUGGUUUGCUUUGGAAAAGUGACAGUAUCAAAGAAUCGGUCAUUGCACAGAGAGACUUGGAAAGCAAAGAGAAACGGAUUUUUUUUUUCCUGUCAAUCAAUGGUGCAUAAAAAAAACCAAACUUUAGCAAAUGGUAUUGCAGAACUCUAGGCACAUCAUCUUACUGAUUCCAGUGACAUCUUCUCACCUUAUCAAGGAUCUUUCAGCUUGAGAGCUCGAAACUGACAGUAUUAAGGGGCAGGAUGUUGCUUCAGAAUCACUGGUGUAGUCGUGAAUGUGUCGAGGAGGGUUGGCCCUUUCACUAGGCAGAGUUUGGAAUGCCUGCAGGCUUGCAGCUGAGGGGUAAUUAGCAUGCAAGCUUCGUUAAGCGGUUCCCUACAAUGGGGUGGAAUCAAAGAGGAAAGCUAAACUUAAUUGGUGUUUCACAUUCAAAACAUAAUGAGUUUUUUUUAUAUAUAUAUAUAUAAAAAAAAUAUAUUUUUCAAAUAGAUUUUUUGAUUCAGCUCAUUAUGGAAAGUAUCCCAAAAUGAAAAAGGCAAACUUAAUUGGUUGCUGUGAAGAAAGUUCAAGGCUCUAGUUCUGAUUCUCCUCCUCAUGAACCAACCAAUCAAUAAAUGAAUCACUCACUGACCAGCCUGGCAGUGUGGGGUGGGAGAGAACUGUUUCCCUGCUUCCCCCGCUGAAAUCCCUGUUUGUUCCUGCAGAGACAAAUGGAUCUAAUCAAACAGCACUGCUGCUAUGUUCUAGGCUUAACUGGAAGCCACGGGCUCACACACGUCCUGCUUAUUUCAUGCCUGUCCUCAGCAGACAUUUCACUGGGAAACAUCACUUCUGUACACGCCGGGCCUCCGCUGGGCACGGCUUGGCAGCUCAGAUUCUUACCCACAGAGGCCAACAGAGAGCAGAACACAAGGUCAGUAGAAAUCUCCAGGAAGUACCACAGGAAACACAGACAAAUCCUCCAGAGUAUAAGGAAAUAAAUAUUUUUGUAACCAGUGGGUAAGAAUUUGAGGAUUUUUUAAAUUAUUAUUAAUGAAAUUUUGCUUAUGGUAGUUUCCUGCCAUUAUACAUUUCUAAAUUUAUCAACAUUUUUUUUCUAUGCUGGGGCAAUAAAUUUGCUGAUUGUAUGAGAAAAGUGUUCAAUGGCCUUUCAGUGAAUGUCUUCCACAGUGGGUCAGAACUUUAGCAAAACUUUAAUUUAGCAAACAUGUUCUUAAGGACACUAUUUAUGUUUUUAAAAUUGUCACGAUCUGUACAACUGACUUACAGGUACAAAGAAUAAAAUAAAGGUAAAACUUUACCUUACUUUAAAUACUUCCUGCCUUAAAGAGAAAGCAUUUCCAUGAACAUAGCUGGUGAAAGGGUUAAUAUCUGCAGAGCUUUACCCUAGAGUUAGAGUGUGGAUGGUGUGUGCGUGUGUGUGGAGAUGAUCAUGCAGCUGCAUACAAGUCCUGUCACUUUUUGCCUGCCACACGUUGCAUUAUCUUUUAGUCAAACUGUGCAAAGUCUACUUCUGGUGUUUCACAACAGUAGGGAUUUUUUAAUUCUAGAUUCUGCUUACUCUGUGGAUACUGAAUCUUUUUGAGCCAUAGGAUCCAAGCCAUAAACUCUCUGUAAGCAUUGAAUCCAGUCCCAGUGCUCUUUGCUGAAGCUGGCAGGGCAGAAGGAUUCAGCGAUACCUUGAUGCUAACAAAGAAGCAACACAUAAAAAUGGUUAUGAUUGAGCAAAAAUUAGGUUUUGGUUUUUUUUUUUUAACUUCCUGAUAAGCCUUUUGUUGAAAAAUAUAGAUUUUUUUUUUUAGUUUUAGCAGAAAAAUCAAGUUACCUUACAGUGACAUACUGGAAGAUUGCCAUUGUUCAGUUGGUGACGUGGCCACGGGUGAUUUGGUGGAACCAAAACCCAGGAGUGUUUGCACUGGGCCUGUCUGCAAACACACAACACCUGGACUUGCCUGAAAUUCACUGAGGAUAAAGGAACUUGGUUGAAAAAGAAAAAAAAAAGAACUUUUUAGAGGCAGAUCUCUCUUGGUCCUAGUUACAGCUAACAGUUGCUUUUUGCUUGGCUGGAUAGAACUGUCCAGUGGAAUUAAAGGUUUAAUGGCUGGCAAGAAUGGCAAGAGUUGUUUGUCUGAGUUCACUGAUCAAUCACAAACCCAACCCCCUGGUUUUCCAAGGAAAUUCCAUGUACUGUCAAUGUUUCAGCCCCUAGAUUGUAAGUUGAAUUCCCUACCAUAACUGUGAAACUUUGGGAGUGUGACUCAGACAGCAAGCACACACUAUGCAAUAUGGUUUAUCCUGUAUUUAUUUGUAAAAAUAUCAGACAUAGAUCCUCUAUAUAUAUAUAUAAUAGUGUCAAAAUUACUAGUUGUGAACUAAGGGGAGUGGAGUUCUAGCUCCUGUCUGGCUAUUUCAGAUAAGUGCAGAAUGCAUUGAAUAUUGGAGAGCUUAACAAGUGCUUUCUUUUGUUCAUUUAAAAAUGUCUUAAAUUUUUCAUUAGAGUAUAGAAUCUUAUUUUUUUUAUUUUGUACAAGCUGCGCUUUUUUAAUUAUAAUCACUGAAAAAUUCACUAUAAUUUGAUUUUAUAGGAUUUUUGUAGCAUUACAAAAGUAUAGUAAAACUGAGGUUAAUACCUGUUGUGGCUAACCAUAUAAAAGUAUUAAACUUGAACAAAAGUCAUAUUUUUUUUUACUAGAUGUUAAAUAGGGAAAUAUUUUGUUCUGCAGGUCAUUACCAGAAAAGGUUUCUAGGUCAGCUGUGUUACCAGCAGUUUUUCUUUUUCCCAUUUGAUGCAGAAACUAUUCUGGUAGAAAAUAUUCAGAAUUCCAUAAUUUUUCUCUGUGGGAGUGAUGCAUACAUUUGAUGCCAUUCGUGUACUAAAUUGUAAUUUUGGGAAUGCUGGAAUAAUUCCUACCAAGACUGUCUUAAUUGUGCCAUCUGACAUUUGAAUGUCAUCCUGGUAUUAGCUCAUAAUAAAAGAUAAAAAUCAA